AUGAUAGAGGACACGCAGCUUCUUGAUACCUGGUGCCUUUGGGCGGCCAAUGUCUGGAAGGAGGGUGCGAUCUUGGACCUAGAAUCAAGAAUCACCAGCUUAGAAUCGAAACUUGAAAGUGCUUCUCCUAUCGAUAUGGAAAUGACGCCAACCAACUGGCUGCCUACAUCUAGCGCGAAACAUAUGUUGCAGUCCCAUCGCGCGGCAAUAACCUGUCUUGCUUUCCACCCGCUCCAUCCAUCUGUGGCCUCCGCAUCCGAAGACUGUUUUAUCAAGAUAUGGGAUCGGGAAGUUGGUGUGCUGGAAUGCACGUUGAAAGGCCACUCACGACCGGUAUUUGGCCUAGAUUUCGACUAUACAAAUGCUCGCACCUUGCACGGCCACGAUCAACCCGUUUCGGCCGUUCGCUUUCUCACGCCGACGGGGACCCUGCUAGUAUCUACCGGUCGGGACGCCUCAAUUCGCAUUUGGGAUGUGUUCACAGGUUACUGUGUGAAGCGUAUCGACACCGGAGGCGAGUGGAUCCGCGACAUUGCGCCCUCCUUUGAUGGAGUGUAUUUAGUCGCCGGGGGAGAUGAUCGCACCGCUACGAUCUGGGAAGCCUCUUCCGGUCAAGCAAAGACCAGUCUACCAGGCCAUGAGAGCUACAUCGAAUGUUGUGCCUUUGCCCCUGCCUUGAGCCAUUCCAAUAUAGCUGCUCUUGCUCCAUUGAUGGUAUCGUCAUUGAGGGGCUCCACGUUCAUUGCCACUGGAAGCAGAGACAAAACAAUCAAACUAUGGAAUGAUUGA